UGUUGCUCUCCACAACAGCAUUGCUGAGCUCAGCUGUCACAACUUCUGCUUCGACUGCGCUGCACUGAUUGACAUUUGGACAAUUUGUUCUCCUCGCCGGCUUUAACAGCCACACGCGUAACUAGUUCGUUGUGUUUUCCUUACAAACCGAUGCUACUUCGUACCCAAUUCACUUUUAACAGUUGGCAUCCAAAAGCCACACAGUAAGUGGCCAUGAUGCUGUCAAGACAUGACAGAAGAUUUCCACUGAAAUCCACAGACACUGCGCAAAACAUUUCGUCCCUGUCCUUUGGAAAGGAUUGAUGCUCAAGUUAUGGAGAACAAAGAGCCCAGCUUUGCAGAAGAGGCGGCCAGCACACUUCCAAAGCGAGGACUGCUCCACAUUUGGCAGUCGGGGGGACCGAGUGAGCCGCUUAGCCCAGAAAGAGUGCUUCUGUCCCAGUGUGUCCUGCAGGUGGCCCUGGGAGAACAUCAUGGACUCCUGCUGGCACAGGGUGGUCACGUGUAUUCUUUUGGAGAGCUGCUGUGGAGGGGCCUCAGUGUUCCGCCAUCAGCUCCAUUGUUGGAGGUCUCCUUGCGAGGGACGACCGUGGUGCACGUGGCUUGCGGUGGUUUUCAUUGCGGAGCCUUGAGCGAGCAGGGUGGCAUGUACAUGUGGGGGGAGAACACUGCAGGACAGUGUGGGCCAACCGAGGGGGACACGGACUCAAACGUGACUGUUGCAGACCCAUACCCGCUGGCUGUGGUGGACAACGAGGUGGUUCCUCCCUCGAUGGUUCGGAUUGUGGAUCUUUCCUGCGGACGGGAGCACAGUCUGGCUUUGUCAGCCCAGAAUGAGCUGUGGGCCUGGGGCAGUGGAUGCCAGCUCGGCCUCGUCACAAGCAACUUCCCCGUGUGGAAACCGCAAAAGGUGGAACACUUGGCUGGCAGGCAUGUGAUUCAGGUGGCUUGUGGGGCCUACCACAGCCUUGCUCUGGUCCGUUGUCUACAUCCAGAAAAUCCCAAUACUCCAAAACCGCAAGAGAGGCGGGGAUCACAGAGGGACGAGCCUUUUGCUUCUGAUGAUGCGCACUACUGUCCACUUGGAGUGGAGCUAACGGAAAGCAUGACGGCAGAGGUUGAAACUCAUCAAAUACUUUAUCCAAAAAUGGGACUCACGGAGGACGUUUUAAGCCCCUUCUGUGGUUUCAAUUCUCAGGCUUCAGCCAGAAGACGUUCCAGACAAAGGCUCUGGCCAGCUGGCAUUAGCCAUGAAUCGCAAGCUCAUCUUUGUCCAUACUCCUACAGCAUAUCUGACAAUAAAGAGAAUGUUCUUCUGGCCGGUACCGAAAUUGAGCCUGAUGAACACGCUGACCCUCUAACCCAGACGGACAGCUGUACUACAUCAUACCCGCUGCCAGCCUUGACAGAUAAAAAGAAACCCGCUUUGCCUAAUGAGCUGGAGCUUCACAACCUCCUCCAGAAACUCUGUGGUCACUCAUUAGAGAUGCAACAUAGCAGAAGGCUGGGAGACGCAGACACACUGAGCAGUCAAACCUCAGAUGACAGCUAUGUUUCUUCAACUCCUUCUAAUGAACUGUUACACACCAGAUGUGAAAAUGACUUGACAUUUAGUGACGUGGUCCGGUCCUCAUCUCUAGUGGGCUUGGAAGAAGGUUCUCCGUGGAAGAAAAAAAUAAUACUGGAGCACAAGAGCUCUAGUCUUAAAGACAUUAACCAGAAGGGGAAAACUGGAACCAGGAGAUGCUCCCUACCUGGAACACCCACCCAUGCAACACCAAGGCGACAGCAACAUUUUAGUAGCAAGCCAUCCUCUGUUUCAGAGGAUGGGCUUCUGUCCUUGAAGACGGAGGUAUGGAGCUGGGGCAGAGGCUCCGAAGGGCAACUGGGCCAUGGCGAUCAACUGGCCAGACUCCAGCCUCUUUGUGUUAAGUGUUUGACAGGCGAGGAAGUGAUCAAAGUCGCCGCAGGAUCACACCAUUCACUGGCUCUCACCGCUCAGUGCCAGCCCUCUUUUAUGCAGGUCUACUCAUGGGGCAGCAACAUGUGUGGACAACUCGGUCAUGUCAACAGUCCUGUUACUGUCCCACAGCAGGCUAAGCUUUCCGAUGGUCUUCGGGCGUGGGACGUGUCGGCGGGCCAGAGCCACUCCCUCCUCUUGGCUGACGGAGAAUGUGACAAGCCCCUGCUGCUGUACUGCGGGCAGCAGCAGGAGCCGAGGUCGAAGCAGAGUGAGACAUCCUGCCAGGGUGCCAGAUCGUGCCAGCGGUCACCCAACAGGGCUGAAAGUUACACAGUCAGACCCACGUUGAUGCCGUUUUGCAUGGAGAUGGGUUACAUCAACAGUGUGUGCAGUGGUGGUCAAAGGUGUGCGCUGCUGGCGAACCACAUCAUCAUCGGUGUAAUCUCGGCCAUCCACGAGCUGGCUUCCAUCGAGAGGAGGUUUUACUACUGGUUGAGCAGCCUAAGAAAGUUGCUUCUUAUGCCCCUCUUCAAUAAAGAGAGUGCGUGUCCGUCCCUCGGUGAUCCCUGCACUCGUCUCUUCCUCUCCCUUUAUAAGAGUUUUGUUCACCUGAGCAUCCUCAUUGGUCAACACUCGACGUCGCUCACCCAUUUCCUGCACAACGUGCUACGUCGGGAUGUUGCUUCCCUUCACCUGCUCACGCACAUUCAGCACUUCCUGGACACCUAUACUGAGUAUUGCACUGUUGUAGGGGACUUCCAGGUCAUGGGUGGAUUUCAGUUGCUCCAUAAACUCUCGCUUGAGUGUUUAGGUUCUAAACAGACCAAACUUUUUGAACUGGACCUGUCGGUAAGCGGCGACGCCGAUCCGGGUUCCUUGUUGUAUUGGCCUCUGCAGCAGCUUCAGCAGUACAAUCGAGUCCUGCUCAAACUGGAAGCCUGCUACGACGUGCUUACAACUGAGUAUCAGUACCUACAUCAGAGCUGUGUGCAGUACGAACACCUUUCUGCAACACUGCUGAGGAGGAAGAAGGAGGCUGAAGUCACUUUCAUCUUCUGGAAGACUCACUCUGGGAAAAACACAGAGGGUCUGCGUCUCCCACAGCGACGCGUGUUAUGUGAAAGCAGCAACAGAACCCUGACUCUGCAGGGCGCUGGCCGCUUUUCCAACCACUGGUUCAUACUGUUCAACGACGCGCUGGUUCACAUACAGCGCGCCACUCCUCCUAAGAGCCUCUUCUCCACUCACCGUGUCUACCCUGUGAACCUUUUGUGGGUAAAACCGCUUCCUGAAAACGACAGUGGAUGCUAUGCCAUCAAAAUGUCAUGUCCAGAAGAGACCUUCAUCCUGGUGGCCUCGACACCACAAGAGAAGAACAAGUGGCUCCAUUUUCUUAAUCAAGAGGUGGACCGCGUGCUGAGUGGUGGAGGUCAGGGUUCAUCACCAGGAAUAACAGCAAUGUCCCGCACGGCCUCCUACACAUUCACCGGAGAGGGACGAUUCAAGGAUGCACAGUAUACUGGGAGCUGGCUGGCUGGACGAGUUCAUGGCAGAGGAACAAUGAGAUGGCAGGAUGGACGUACCUACACCGGGAACUUUAAAAAUGGACUGGAGGAUGGCUAUGGCGAGUGCAUGAUUCCUGACAAACUGCUGAAUAAAGCAGGCUGCUACCAGGGACACUGGCGUGAUGGCAAGAUACACGGCUUUGGCAUCUACAGGUAUGCCACAGGCGAGGUAUACGAGGGCUGCUUCAAUGAAGGCCAGCGCCACGGCUACGGCAUGCUGCGCUCUGGCAAGAUGGACAAGGCUUCUUCAGGCGUCUUCAUUGGCCAGUGGGUCUGUGACAAGAGGACUGGAUAUGGCGUCUAUGAUGACAUCACCAGGGGUGAGAAGUACAUAGGAUUGUGGUUGGAUGAUGAGAGGCACGGGAGCGCUGUGGUCGUGACUCAGUACGGUGUUUACUAUGAAGGGAACUUCAGGGAAAACAAGAUGAAUGGUCUCGGUUUGCUGGUAUCAGAUGAUGACACAGCCUUCCACGGGGAGUUUUAUGAAGACUGGACUGUCAACGGGAAGGGGAUUUUAUCCCUUGCAAAUGGUGACACUUUAGAGGGCCACUUCAGUGGGGAGUGGAGCGCGGGCCUGAAAGUGGACGGAAUUUACACCAAACAAGCCGCUGAUGAGAUUGAAGACAAGGACAGAAAUAAUUUUCUGUUGGGUCGGUACGUGGUGCCUGCCGAUGAGAGGUGGGUGUGCGUUUUCGACGAAUGCUGGAGGCGACUGGGCUGUGACGUCGCUGACAGAGGAGAGAGGACGACAGCCUGGGAGAACAUUGCUGUUUGUAUUUCAAGUGCACGUCAACACAGCCCAGACCUCAGCAGAUAUCAGAGCAAAGUGCUGGAGUGUUUGGAGUGUAUUCCUCACCACGCGGAUGCAGUCACCACCACAAAUUAUGACAACAUACGAAAAUACCUCACUAAGGCAUGUGAGACCCCGAUCCACCCUCUUGGCUGGCUGGUGGAGACGCUGGUGACCGUCUACAGGAUGACCUACCUGGGUGUGGAGUCAAACCACCGUCUGCUCAGGGAGGCUGUGAAGGAGGUGCAGGCCUACGUUAAACACUUCUACUCCAUUGUCAGGUUCCUGUUUCCUGGGUUACCAGACGAUGGCAGCGUCCUCCCAGAUACUCCCAUUUCUCCAUGUAGAAUCAGAUACAGCUCGUUUACAGAAGAGCCAAGCUUUGUCUCAGUAGUGAGCUGCUCCACUCUGCUCCUCCCACUGCUGCUCCCUCAACUCUAUCAACCUCUGUUCAUGUUGUACUGCCUCCACGACGAACAGCAGGAGGCGCAAUACUGGGAGCGCAUCCUCCGACUCAACAAGCAGCCCGAUCAGUCCCUGCUCAGCUUCCUGGGCGUUCAGCAGAAGUUCUGGCCAAUGUGGAUGUCUGUUCUUGGGGAGAAAAAACAGAUUAUAUCCAGCAGUAAAGACGUCAGUUUUGGUGGCGCUGUGGAGACACUCCAACAAAUCAGCACCACUUUCACUCCUUCGGAGAAACUCUUGGUCAUCCAGAAUACCUUUGAGGAGUUGACCCAGGAAAUCAAACCAACGCAGGACGGUGACUUCCUGUGGUGCAUGGACGACCUGCUCCCUCUCUUCCUCUACAUUGUGCUUAGGGCGAGAAUCAGAAACCUGGGUGCUGAAGUGAGUCUGAUAGAAGACUUGAUGGAUCCCAAUGUUCAGCAUGGAGAGCUGGGACUCAUGUUUACCACGCUGAAGGCCUGCUACAUGCAGAUCCAGAUGGAAUCGAUGAUAUAGCAGUGAGCAAGACGGACCGAACCCCAGUUAAAGCUACCAGGCAGUCCUACCAACAAGUAUGUUUCCACACCUCUCAUUGGACGUUCUCAACUUUAAUUCUUUUUUUUUUUUGCCCAAUGGGAUCUUAUUGUAGCUCUGAACACAUACACACGUACGCGUACAAACGUCUCAGGGAUUUCAAGCACAGAUACUACAAUCGUAAGUCUCUUUAUACUGAUGUUACAUUCUGUUACAUUAUACGUUUUUUUAAUGAAUGGGAGCGAGGCAAAAAAAUAACAAUACUGCUGACUAUUUGAAUUUUGAAGCAAAAAAAAUAAAAAAUUAGGUGUGCAUGUUUUAGUCGUCAAUUGCUUUUUUUUUUUUUUUACAUUACACUGGUUGCAAACUGAAUGUAAAUUUCUAUUCUAUCCCAAAAUAUAUUGAGAAAUAAUAUAUCGUCGCUGUUGGGCAGAAUCAUUAAAUCUCCAAUAUCACUACUUUUCAGAAUUAGUGUGUGUGUGUGUGUGUGUGUGUGUGUGUGUGUGUGUGUGUGUGUGUGUGUGUAUAUAUAUAUAUAUAUAUAUAUAUAUAUAUAUAUAUAUCAUCUUCCAAUACUUUUUCUCAAAGGUCUAAGAGCCUUGAGAGAUGCAAUAAAUAAAACAAUGAGCUGCGGAAAAGAAUCUGCACGCACUUACUUUCGAGGCUGCACUGAAGGAUCACAGCAAUCCAUUUUUUAACAAAACAGGCUUUCUCAAAUGUCUCUCGCCUAACUAUUUUACUUAUUGUCUAAAAAACAUCCACUUUCAAUGCUGAGGUGACAUAAUGCCACACGGCUCCCGCAGAGUGUGGGAAGAGUCGCAGUUUUAAGACAUUUCUCAGACAGUCGAGCGUUGAAAAGAGUAAUUAAUAGAUUUGUUCUCAAAUUGGUUAAUAAAUAACAUACGACGUGGGGACCGACCAAUAGUACCAAUUUGUUGAAAAUUUGAUUUGACCAUAUUUGGACUUGCGAGGUUUCCGCCCAACAGCGACGAUAUACAGGCGCUUCUUAAUAAAUUAUAAUAUUGUAUAAAAGUUAAUUUGUUUCAGUAGUUCAAUUCAAAAAGUGAAACUUUUAUAACUGUUUUAUAAAACACAUAGGAAAAAUAGUUUUCAGAAGGCCAGCUACUACCUAAUUUCUACAUUUAAAAAUGAUUCUUAUGGGAUAUUCUCAUUUCUUGACCUGGUGAAUUUGGGGUUUUCGUUAGCUCUAAGCUAUAUUUAUCAAAAAUAUGAAAAAUGUCAUCAUGAAAUAUUUUAUUCUCUGUGUUGUUUUAUAGAAUAUGAGUUUCACUUUUCGAAUUCAACUACAGUAUUGAAAUACAUUGGGUUUUCCACAAUGGGAAAAUGUAUUGCGAUGCUUUCUCUGGGAAUAAGCGGCGCGUAAAGCUGUAGGCGUUUAAAAAGGGAAAGCGCUUAUACUGUAUUUCUGUCUUUCGGGUUUUAAUUUAUAAUGAUUCUAUUAACUGUCGGUUGAACGCAUUUCAUGCAAUUUGGUUGCUGUUUUUUUUUUUUUGCGCGCAUAGCCAUUGUCGUUAGCUUUUCAAGAACUACUACUGUGUUUAUGUAAACGAAUGAACAAAAUCUAGCACUUUUUUCCCCCUCUCUCACUGUGUUAACAUGCAAUUGCAAGUUUGUAUUUUGUUAAGCCACCCAUCAGGUGCAUCAAGUAUUUACCAAGUAUGUAUCACAGUUCACAGUUGAAUGUAUAAUAUUAUUGGAGUACUAUACAUUCAUAUAAUCUCCUGUAUGGAAUGUCUUUUUGUUUUGGCCACAUUGUAUCUUUUGAUUUGUGCACUUAUUCAUUUUUAGAAGUCACAAAAUACCUUGCAGGUAUCAGCAGGAGUUACUGUAUUAUGUCAAGUCCUUGAAUGCACAGUAAUGAAUGUAUCACACCUUUCACACACACAUUUAGGAUUUAAUAAAUUCCUCACACAUUUCAAAUGUGUUAGACUGAAUUCAACCAUCUGAUUAUUUUUAUUUAGCAUAUUUUCAUCGAAAAUGUAGUAAACAAGAAGGGAGCAAUCAUUUGUCACGAGGGAAAUAAAGCAUAAUUUGUAUUUGUCUAAAAAUGUCCUAAAUGAACAAAGAAUAGAGUUUAUUGUAUACUUGAGAUUAUUUUUGUAAAAGAAGAUUAACAAUGUACAGUAUUUGUGACAUUACUAAAUCACACUAACACUUAACAUAUCAAAUGUGUGGCUUUUGAUUGACAGCUUAAUUAAAUGAUUCAUGUGAUUUUGCA